AUUUGGGGGGAACUUUGUCACAGAGGCCAAAGUGUAGCAGCAGCUCUCCUUCAUCAUGGCAGAGAGACAUAUUCCUUUCACCCUGCUCCGCACCCCGAGCUGGGACCCCUUCCGCGACUGGCACCCCACCAGCCGCAUCUUCGACCAGACCUUCGGCAUGCCCGCCCCGUCGGAUGACUUCGCUGCGUACCCCUGCGCCCGCUGGCCCGGCUACAUGCGGCCCGAGAUGCCCUCCGUGAUGUACCCGGGAGCCGUGAUGGCCCAGCAGGCUCGCGCCUUGUCCCGCCAGAUGAGCACGGGAAUGUCGGAGAUCAAACAAACCCUAGACAACUGGAAGGUGUCACUGGACGUGAACCACUUCUCACCGGAAGAGCUGCUGGUCAAGACCAAGGACGGCGUGGUGGAAAUCACUGGAAAGCACGAAGAGCGUAAAGAUGAACAUGGUUUUGUGUCCAGAUGUUUCACAAGGAAAUACACCCUCCCCUCCAGCGCCAACGUGGAAACGGUCACGUCCUCGCUGUCUCCCGACGGCGUGUUGACGGUGGAGGCCCCGCUCGCCAAGCCGGCCGUCGAGGCCGCGGGCACCGCAAUACCCGUCGCUGUGGACGGCAAAAGCGGUGUGGCGAAGAAAUAGGAGGCUCGCGCGCAAACACGCGUUCCCACAAGCUUUCAGAGCUGACGUAGGCGACACGGAGACCUUUGCAUCUGUACCGAGCUAAGCCAGGCGGCGUGUGUGUGUGUGUGUGUGUGUGUGUCUUCUCUUGGCCGCUGUAUUUGUUCUCCUGCUUUUAGUCUGCGGUAGCUCACGUUCUUUGUUCUCUCUUCCUCACGUCUGCUGAGCACAUCUUCCUUGGCGCUGGCUGUUACAUCACACUGGAGGAAAAAAAAUCUCCAGCAGCGUGCACUCCGCCACCCUAAAAAGCAGAACAACGCCUGUUAGAAGUCUGCAACUCGACUGUUUUCAUCCUCAGUUGAUCUCGAGAUGUCAACGGAGAAUAAAGAUGAAAUGGCAUACGA